AUCCGAAUCGGCUACAUUUAGGCAAGGUAUCAUUUCGAUCGUUUCUAGUAAAGAAAGUUAAAUGUUGACAUGUAAGGACUAAUUUUCCGAUUUAUUUUAUCCCUGCUUUAGGUGACUUUCAAAAUGUCAUUAUCGAAGCAAGUGGCUAUUCAAACGGUGUGUGAUUUCUGUGAAUCGGAAGUUAACGUCAAAUGGUUCUGCCGCGAUUGCGUCAAUAAUAUGUGUGUACAGUGUAAGCGUACCCACACAAAAAUCCCGCUUUGCAAAAGUCACGUGAUUUUGCCGAUCAAUGAGAGUCUCAUCGCUCCUAAAAAGCAAGCUACUGUUCACUCCCAUUGCACGGAGCAUGCGCAAGCCUGCCAAUUUCAGUGUCGCACCUGCAACAAAGAGAUAUGUGUUUUAUGUCUAACCACGACUCACAAAUCCCAUGAUUUCCUGGCACUUAAUGACCACAAUAAAAUCGUCAGAGAAAAUCUCUACCUUCUGUUGAACUCGAAAUCUAAAGAAGCCCAUGCCAUUUCUGACACGCUACAAACUCUGACGUCACACGAAAAAACGUAUGAUGAUUGGGUAAACCAGAAACUAAAGGAAGUUGAUGAAGUUUUCGAAAGUUUAUCAACGGAACUAGAGAGACUUCACAAGGAGAUUCACGAUAAAGUUGAACAGAAGAGAAGUAACGAUAUCGUUUCCAUGGAUAAACAGCACAAAAAGGCUUACGAUUUCAAAGACCGUCUGCAGUAUCAGGUACAGGUUCUAGGCCACGAGUUAGAUCAGUGCGGUGACCAUGACCUCUCAGAUCUGAAAAUCAAAAUCGAAACGGAGUGCAACAACCUCCGGGAAGACCUUACCCUAGACCUCCCAAAACUUCCGAUGCUGAGGUUAUUGCGGGAAGGAGAUGAACAUAGGGGCAUUCUGAUCAAAGUCCUCUCAAAAAUCAUGAAAACUGACCUUUUCAAUCUGCAGACGACAAGUUCCUUUGAAGUCGAUAGCGACAAUCCUGUUUUUAGAGAUGACAUCCACGUGGACUUGUCGAUCUCGAUACCCGGAUGUAAAUAUAUUUGGUCGGUGGCCGGAUAUGACGAUGGCCGGAUGUGGGUAGGUUCGGAGGAUAAAAUGCUUCGUCUGUUGGACAGUUUUGGAAACAUAAGCCGGUGUCUGAAGAUGUCGCAGAGCGCCGUUCACCUAGCCGUACUGACGACUGGUGACGUCCUGUGUAGCAACGGGUACGGGAUAGACAGGUCAGCGGUCAUCCAAAAGGUGUCCUUGAACUUUAACAUCACUACCUUUUCCCGCCUUUCUCCUACUGUUGAGGUGGGGCCUCUAGCUUCUACCAAACGUGGAAAUGUUCUCGUCGGCAUUCGGAACUCCAUCGGAAGAGGCGAGGUGUUACACCUGUCUACGAGUGGAAAGACUAUAAACAAAGUGGCUCAGAUCACGCGAGACAUUGAGCGGAUAACAACAGACGAGGAUGAGAGAGUCUACAUUAAAGACACUGCCUGUAUCUGGAUAAUGAGUCUGAAGGGGGAAUUCCUAAAUCAGAUAGAACUGAAACAUGACUUAAAGGGAAUUCGGGGGAUAGUCUGUGACCGGUUUGGCAACCUUGUUUGCUUUCGCCCGGGGGAUAUAAAUAACAUACGGGUUAUAAAUACUGAAGGGGUGUUGAUUAAGCAGUUCCGCCUCAGUUUGAAGUCUGGAAGUGAGCGAGAUAUAGACAUAGGUUGUAUUGAUAUAAACGAUUGUAUAUGGAUUAAAGAAGAGGAAUCUUUACAGGUGCUGAAGUACCUGGUUUAGGGCCUUCUGUGACUUAAGGCUCAUUGAUCCCCUGAUAGGGGAGACAACUAGCAGGAUUAAUGACUCAUUAUUCACACACACAUUAUCGAGUUAAAUGGCUAUUUCUGUCAAAUUUGCACACUAAGGAAUGCUGAAAAAUUGGCAUUUUAUUAUGUAUAUUUCUUAAAGAAAUACAUUAUAUAUCAUAAAAGUAAAAUUUUAUAACAGUGAACAGCAAGGCGAUGAACCUUAAGAAUCUUCCUCUGUGAUCUUCUAGCGAGUUUUUCUGAAAACAAAACCAGAGAAGCAGUUAAUGGGGUGAAUGAAACUAAAGAUCGUUUACUCCUUUGGUGGUGGGGUUU